GGGGGUUGGGAGAGUUCCAGCACAUUGUGUUUGUAUACUGUGACCUAGAACUGGCCUGGAUAGUGUGUUUGUAAAGAGCUCAAAGUUUCUGCUACACAACUGCGAUGAGUAAACUGUCAGAUAAUCCUCUUGUUGUUGGUAACUUUGCUCUGCAGCACUGUGGUUUCAUGCUGUGCACAUGCCUGAACCUGUUGUAAUAACCUUGUCUUUCUUCAGCAGCUGACAGAACCACACGUUGCAUGCAGAUGACUGAUGUCGCCAUAAAAAAAACUGCAUCCAACUGCUUUUAAUGGUCUCGAAUGGAAAGCACUUUGUUGAUUUAAAUGUGCUCAACAGUUUUGACUUUGAGGGAGAGUUUUGGGCAUUUCCACCCCCGUUGAAGUCUUCAACUGAACUUCUAGCCGCUGCACAAAGCGGGUUUUCUUGAGAUGUGAAUUUACAGCAGCGAUUUGGUAAAACCAGAAAAACCAAAGCGUGUUGGCAGAGUGUGAAUAAAAUGUGCUUUUCACAGUUGCGCAACCGCUCGCAGAUGAUCCACCGGUUUCCCAGAACAAGGUCGUACUUGAAAUUGGUCCCCGGACAGACUCGCAGUGUUGCAAAGAAAACACAGUUGCUGACUGGAACACAUACCUCCCACCUUUUUCCGUGGAGUUUCCCCGUUUAGACAGACUUCCCCCCUCAGCUCUCUCCUGAGAUUGGGAGGGGAUGAGCUGAUACAAAAACCGACUCAAGACUGAAGCAUCUGUCAGUGUGGAAAAGUGAGGAGCAGACACAUGGACUGGAGGGGCUGGCAGUUGAUCCGUUUUCCCCAGAACUGAUGUGAAGAUUGUUGAAUUUGGCCCAUCAGUAUUUCAACCCGGCUGUCUGCGAGAACCUGGUGGUGUUUUGUUAUUUCAGAUCCUCACAGUUGGAAGUGACAGACCGAGCAGCAUGUCAAAGAAUCCGGAGAGUGUGUCGCUUUGCCCUCUGAACUCGGCAGCUGCCACCGAGCCGGAGCCGCUGUGCAUCUUUGGGACGGGCGACUUGGGCCGAUCUCUGGGCCAACGUCUGCUCCAGUCGGGCUACAGGGUGGUGUACGGCAGCCGGAAGCCUCACAGCUGUGGCCCUUUACCUCCAGGAACUCAGGCGAUGAGCCACAGUGCAGCUGCCCAAUCAGCCGCUCUGGUCUUUAUUUGUAUUCACAGAGAACACUACAACUUCCUGGAGACACUUGCGCCUCAACUCCAGGGGAAGGUGCUGGUGGACGUCAGCAACAACCUGAAGAAGAACCUAUACCCGGAGGCCAACGCCGAGUAUCUGCAGAGGCUCGUCCCCGGAGCUCAUGUGGUGAAAGCUUUUAACACCUUGUCAGCCUGGACGCUUCAGAACGGACCUUCAGAUGCCAACAGACAGGUGUACCUGUGUGGGAACAGUGCUGAGGCAAAGCAGGCGGUAGCAGAAACAGCCACCAAACUGGGCUUCACGGUUCUGGAUCGAGGUUCUCUAUGUGCAGCCAGAGAGCUGGAGGACUUCCCCCUGCAGCUGUUCCCAGAGUGGAGGCUGCCUCUACGCAUCGCCGUCGGCCUCACCGCCUUCUUCUACUUCUACCUGCUCAUUAGAAUUGUCAUCUACACAUAUGUUCAAAAGGGGGAUGACAUCUCCUUCAGAAUCAUGGUGUCCCUGGCGAACAAGGUGUUUCCCAUCGUGUCUCUCAUCAUGCUGUCCCUCUGUUACCUGCCUGGUGUCAUAGCCGCCUUCCUCCAGCUCUACAGAGGAACCAAAUACAGGCGUUUCCCUGACUGGUUGGAUCGUUGGAUGCUGUGCAGGAAGCAGCUGGGACUGUUAGCGCUUGCCUUUGCCUUCCUGCAUGUGCUGUACACCCUCAUCAUCCCCCAGAGAUAUUAUGUGAGAAACAGAAUCGCAGGCAGCACUAUCUUACUGAUCAAGGAGAACAAAACUUCAGCGUUUGACUCUGCCUUGGCCUGGCGGAGCGACUCCUUCUUGUCUACUGGGAUUCUGGGAUUCGGGCUGUACGUCCUGUUGGGAAUCACGUCUCUGCCCUCCGUCAGCAACGCUCUCAGCUGGAGAGAGUUCAGCUUCGUCCAGUCCAAACUGGGCUACCUGACACUGUUCUUCUGCACCCUCCACACCUACCUGUACGGCUGGAAUAAAUUCCUCAAGCCCACAUCCUACCCGUGGUACACUCUUCCAGGCUACUUGCUCUGUCUGAUCGUUCCCACCGUGGUGCUGGUGCUCAAGUUUCUUCUCCUCCUGCCUUGCAUGGACCGAAGCCUCACUCGGAUUCGGCAGGGCUGGGACAGAACUAAUAAAGUGGACGAUGGCGAGAAGUCACUGCUAGCAUAAGACCGUCGCAGUUAGAGACACAAAUGCAGUGAUGUGUAGCCUAAAACAUGGAGCCAAACCAUUCAGGGAUCACCACACAGUAUGUAGUCUAAAUGACCCCUGUGCAAGAUCCCUUGAAUGUCAAAUGAUUCAAAAUUAUAUCACCUCAAGUUUAACAGGUGAACAUUUGCUGAUAUGCACCAAUAACAACUAACUGUAGAUUUACUAAGCUAAGAAAAAAUAUAGACUCAGUGCAACAAAAAUCAAUGCAACUUUCAUUACUGAGAGUCAAAUCUUCUGUCUUCUCUUCGGCAUGGAGGAUACCAGUGUCUGCAAAAUUCUGGACAAAUGUUCUUCAGAGACUAUUCAUUUCAGCUGUUGUUUGCUGAAGGGGUUGUGUUGCUCUACUUUUCUUUUUAAAAUACUCCAGUGGUGUUCUAUUGGAUGGACGUCAGGCCACGUACUUGGCCAGGUCAUAGUUUUCAUUUUGUUCUUUUUUUUAGAAACUCUUGUGUGAUUUUGUGCUUUGGAUGGUUCACAUGCUGGAAUAUUUCUCUUCUUCAAUCUUCUGCAGACUGGGAGUCAUCAUGUCAGGUAGUAUUUUGGUUUAUCCAUAGACAUUCAUGGUGCCAUCUGACUGUCAUCUUCCCAACACUUUUUUACACUCAUGCAGCUCCAUAUGAACACAUUGCUUCACUGUCAGGACUAUGCAUUCACUGUGGUAGUCCUGGUCAGGUCACACCAAACAUGCUGGGCUCCAUCUGAGAACAACAAAUUUAUCUUGGUCUUUGAUCUUUUCUGCUGAAGGGCGAGCAAAGAUUUUUGUUUUACUGGUCCUCUCUUUAUUGCCAUAAUUUUAACAUUGUUCUUCUAUUGAAACCCUUGUGUGCUGUGGAUGGUUCUCAUGCUGGAAUAUUUCUCUUCUUCAAGCUUCCUUAGACUGAGAGUCAUCUUUACAGCCAGUCUUUUGGUUUAUUCACAGUCAUUCAUCUAUAAAUAUCAUCUCCCCAACACCUUUUGCGCUCAUACAGCCUCAUAUCAUCAUACUUCCACCUCCGUGCUUCACUGUCAGGACUAUGCAUUCACUGUGGUAGUCCUGGUCAGGUUCACACCAAACAUGCUGGACCCAGCAAAUUUAUCUUAAUCUCAUCUGACCAGAAAAAAAUGUGCUCCCAACUUUCAUCAGGCUGCAUCAUGCUUUCUUCAUGCUAUUUAACAAAUUUUCAUUUGGUAGUUUUCUGCCAAAGAGCAAACAAAAGUAGUUUUCUUGGCUUCCGUCCAUAGAAGAUGAUGUUAUUAUUUGAAACUGUCACAGAAAGUGACAACCUCUGUGCCAAGUCUGAGGCAGCUGCCUGUAUGCUUUUUUCAGAGCUACAUUAUGAAUGUAAUAUACUGUUGGUGGCGUCAUUGUAGGAGGACGACCACUGCAGCUCUGAUUAGUGGUACUAUGGUUCCUUCUGUACUCCCUGAUUACUGCUGCAACUGUGUUUCAACUGAUUGUUAGUUUGUUUUUUUGAUCGUCACACAAUGCUCUGUCAGUGAUUACAGCUUUAUGACUUGUGUGAUCACAGGUGUGUUCACUUCUGCUGCACUGAGUUUCUGCUGUAUUUUCAGUCUUUUUAAAGUAUUUGUCUUUGAUUCUUCCUGAAAGGUGACACAUUUUUGAAUCAUUUGACACCGAAGUGACGUUGCACAGGGCUCAAUUGCAGAUAUCAGAGAGGUGAGGCUUUUUUCCACUGCCACCAUAUUACAGAAUCUCACUCUGGGAAGAAUGAUUUUGUACUUUUCUUCAAAUUAGCAGGAAAAGUUUGACAAACUCGUCAACCCUCACCCACAGUAUACGCCGGGUGAUGUUUGUUUGUGCAUAUCUAAUUUACUGUAUCUUUCCUCUGUAAAUACUGUUGUUUGUGCUGCUGAUGAACAGAUCAGGGCUGAGCCAGGAGGUUUUUUUUUUUAUUUAAAAUCUGCCAUCAUUGAUAGAAAUGAGGUUUCAGGGCUGUUGUAUUAUACUGCUCUAUUUUUACCUAAAUGUAUCACAUAACCAGCCUGGUAACUGCAAAGCAUAGUAAAACCAAGUCCUCGGUUGAUGACUCUCAUGGAGCUGACUCAGUUGGUGAAUGACAGAAAUUCUCUGGUAAUUGUAGAAAUGCAGCACAAAGAAAUGAGGUUUCAGUGUCCACAGGAUCUUGAAUUAAUGAGAACGAAAGAAUAUUUAUAAAAGAAACUGCAGCCAAAUUGCCAAACAUUGAGUCGUAUUGACAAACCAAAGAUUCAUAUAAUAAUCAGUAAUUCCUGCAGUGAUUUUAGGCAACUGAGAUCUUAGAUUUAGAAAGCGUUUUGGCUACCUGAAUUUUCUCUAAAAUCUUUUACAUUGAUAUAGUAUUAUUUUACAGGUAAGUAACUAGAAACUAUUCAAUAUGGUUUAGAUAAUAGCUGUCCAUUUCCAGAGGUACACAGAGUGUUAAAUUAACACCUCUGUCUUGUUGUCUGUCACUUUAAGAUCAGGAAGGAACAAUUUGUGACAGUUUGACACCAUUUUUUAAAAAUUCUGGAUUCAGUUUUCACAGCUUUUCCUUGGCAUAUUAAUGCUAUAUGCUAUGUGCUAAUUGUAACCACUGUGAAACGCUCUUAAAAAUAAACUCCAGUGUGACUCUGAA